AUGGACGAUGUCAGGGCUAGCUCGGCUUGGGUCGCAAGCCAUUCUUCUCAUGUCGUCGUCGACUCCUCAGGGAUUGAGAAAGUGGCGGAGACUAUAGACACAAUCCCGAAGGUGAAUUGGGAUUUCGAAGGAAUUCACUAUUUUGACAAUGGGCCUCUCACCGUUCAGUACCUGUUUGUGUUGGAUGCUUUGAAUUUUUGCUUUUGGCCUGAUAAGGACUUAAAUUACGACAAUUUGGCCGCAGGUCUAAAGGCAGCUCUACAAAAUGACAAAUCUGUGUUUGAUGUGGAUCGUCUUCAGAAGUACACUGGUCCUGAGCUACGGGAGCUGUUGAAAUGGCCUAGGCCACUACCUCUGGAGGAUGAGAGAGUUCGUUUGUUGCAUGAGGUUGGGUUUGAGCUGGAGAGAAGCUUUGAUGGCAAGGCAUCCAAUCUUGUGGAGUCCUGUGGAAAAUCAGCUGUUAAGCUUGUAGCUCUUGUUACUCGUCACUUUCCUGGUUUCCGAGACCACUCAGUAUACAAAGGCCACCAAGUAUUCUUGUAUAAAAGAGCGCAGAUAUUUGCAGCAGAUUUAUGGGGUGCAUUUGGUGGCCAAGGAUAUGGGGAAUUUUAUGACAUUGGCUCAAUUACUAUUAUGGCGGAUUAUAUUGUUCCAGCUGUGCUUCGGCAGCUUGGUGUACUGAAAUAUAGUGCGACCCUUGCCAGCACGAUUGAGGCUAAUAGUCAAAUAGAUGCAGGCAGUGAGGAGGAAGUUGAACUACGGGCUUGCUCCAUAUAUGCUGUGGAGAAAAUGAAGGAGUUGAUAAGCAUGAAAUCAGGGAAGCAGAUUCUUCUCAUGGCUACAUCUAUGUAA